CCUUUGGAGGGGGCCCGAGGAGACCCACGAGGCCCCCGUUGUUUUUCCCAGGCUCCAUCCCGUGGCAGCUGGCUAACCCUGAGAUGAGCCAUGGAUGGUGUGUUGGAAGGAGCGACAGUGUUGUGUUUAUGUAAAUUGGCCUGCAGUCUCCUCUUCUUGCCCUCAUUGGCUGUAUCCUACAGUCCCGUCAGCUUCUGCUGCUGCUGCCUCCUGAUCUUCACGGACUUCCUGGCCACAGUUUUUCUGAGUUUCCUGUGCAUCUUUGAGUCCUGGCUGACUGAGCUGACCCCGCUCAGUGAUGCCAUCGCCCUGCGCUUCCUGCUCUUUCUCAGCCACACAUAUGGUGCGGUGUUGCUCUUGAUCACACCUCUGAUCGCUGUGGAGACUCUGAUCAGACUGCUGGGGCCUCACUAUGCUGCGUCUCACAGGGCGGUGGGUCAAACAGUGGGCUCUGAUGGACAGAGUUAUUAUAAAGAGGAAGUAACUGUGGAAGAGGAAGAGGACAGCGACAACCCAGACAAAGAAAGUUGGCUGCCUCAUGCUGUCGGCUACCUCUGCUGCCUGUCAGCGUGGGUCGUUGUCGCCCUCAGUGUCAGGUGGCAAUGGAAGCUGGAGGAAGUGUGGGCCGCUGCCUGUUUGCACACAAACAACUCCCUGAUCAGAUGUUUGCCCAACCUGUUCAGCCCCAUGCCCAGCGCCGUGAACCCCUGCUGGGGCAUGGCCUUCCUCUCCCUCCUCCUGUUCGUCCUGACCAUGGGCACAGGCUUGCACAGACGGCCCCAGGCUCCCACACAGAUGGAGAGAACACACACAGAAAAACAUCGAGUUAACAAUAACGGCAACCUUGCUCCAGCUCUGUCUGCACCCUCCAAACCUGUGCACCCUGGGAUAUCGGUGUCAGAGCCAGCGCAGUCUGUUGACCCAGAGAAAACAGAGAGCAGCUGCACUGUUCACAGAGCGUAUUCCUGGAACAGCGUGCAGAUGUCUGCGUGUCGCCAUGGAGACUUUGUCCUCCUCUCCCCCGAGUGUUUGUCUGCGGAGAGGGGAGGACAGGAGCACGAAAGGACAAAGAGAGGUAUACCUCUGACAUUUAUCACGGAGGAACACGUGAACUCACAUUGCACGAGCCUGUGUGGGUGGCGACAGUGGGGUUUUCCCUGCCUGGGGGUGAAUGUAAUAAUAGGGUUCGUGGGUGUGUUCUCCAUCUUUGUGCUGCCUCUGAAUCUAUGUGUGAACAUUCUUCUGAUCCGGACUAUAGAAACUCUGCUGGAGCUGUGUAUCAAAUCUUUAGUCUCAUCUGCAGCAAACUCAACCGACACGACUGCUUCUCACAAUGUAACACUUGUAUAAAACCGGAUGGGUGAGAAGCAUAAAUGGAAGCUGAUUGGAGCUUAUUUGCGACAGGACCGUCAGAUUAAUAUUACAUGUGCGCAGACAUUAGGUCUACUUACCUGUCGACACUGGUUUGCAUAGAGUGUAAAUAAACAUUCUGAGCAGCUAUUUACAUGUGAGGAAUAAUAUGUGGAAACUGCUGAAAGGUGCUGAGGAGGCAGGUUGAGGCGUGCUUGCUACAGAGACUAAAGAGGGCCUGCUUUUACUGCUCAGGGCCAUGAGAUCUGCAGCGAUUUGUCUUUACACAAUGGGUGACAGAAUGAGCCUCUCCAGUUUAAAGAAGACUCAACGACCGACAGUGUUUUGAAAAGAGUAAUAUGAAGUGUGCUGAUGCUGCAUCACAUAAACCCUGCGUAAAGCAAUGUGUAAAUAAAUACUGAGUGACUUGAGGGUGAA